CUCGAGCCACGACCGACGAUCAGUCUCUCUCGGGACGUCGGACGAGUAACAUCUUCUCUGCGGAACGUGUGGUUGUGUGACACGACAGUAUGAGGUUUCUGCCAGCACUCCUUCUGGUGGCUCUUGUGACACCCAGUCAGCAAAUGAAGGUAACCCUAAAACAAGGAGAGAUCUUGGGUACGGAAGAAACAGACGAGAGAGGCAAUAUUUAUCAUGCAUUCAGGAACAUACCCUAUGCCCAGCCUCCCACGGGCGAUCUCAGAUUCAAAGACCCAGCGCCAGCCAAGGGGUGGGAUGGGGUCAGGGACGGCAGCCUGACCCCGCCCCUUUGCCCCCAACUUGACCUCGCUCUUUACCACGCCGGAAAGAAGGUCAUUCGAGGUCAGGAAGACUGUCUCUACCUUAAUGUGUUUACCCCAGAGGGCCCGCACACAAAUCUUCCAGUCAUGGUAUGGAUACACGAGGGAGCCUUCAUGGUGGGCGGGAUUUCUCAGCUUUCGCCCCGCCCACUCGUGUCCAGGGGCGUGGUUCUGGUUACUCUGCACUAUCGGCUGGGCACUUUAGGAUUCAUAUCAACGGAGGACUCGGUGCUUCCCGGAAACCUAGGACUCAAGGAUCAGACCCUGGCCCUCCGUUGGGUCAAGGACAACAUCCAUGACCUCGGCGGCGACCCAGAAAAGGUCACGAUCUUCGGAGUAAGUACCGGAGCGUCGUCAGCACACUUCCAGAUCCUCACGCCCUAUGCUAAAGGUCUAUUCCACCGGGCUAUCCUUCAAUCCGGGACAGGACUCUGCUCCUGGAGUUCACGCGCCGAUCACAGGGAGGUCGCGGUGAAAGUAGGUCAGCUGUUGAACUGUUCGGAAGCAGGGUCGACAGCCGAGGAUCUGGACAGCAGGGCCCUCCUCGCCUGCCUUCAGAGAGCGCCCCUGGACGAGCUGGUCGGCAUCCCCCAGGCCUUCACGAUUUGGUCAAAUGAGCCCAUAGUGAUGCUGCCUCGUGUCGAUGGUGACUUUAUACCCGAUUUCCCGGCGGCUUUGCUCAAGAACAAUCGGUAUAAUAAGGUUGAUCUUAUUGCAGGCGUUACAGCACACGAGGGAGCCUUUGUUGCAAAGUUUAUUUACGCGAGGAAGGACCUGAGAGACGCCCUUGUGACCAACUUCACAACACUGGGUCCUCUGGUCAUGAACUUCAGGGAACAGGACGAGGAACCACUCUAUCUCGCUCGCAGAGUCUUCUACCAUUACCUGGGAGAUAUUGGUAUUACUGAAGAGAACGCUGAUUCUGUAACCGAGGUCUGUUCAGUGAUCGCCUAUUUAAGACGUGCAUCGAAGACACGCUAAAAGCUCACCUCGACACAGCAGACUCGACUU